AAAACGCACUUCGUCCACCAACGUCAUCCAGCCGUUGCUCAAUCUCACGAUUUUCUUCCACGCUGUGCCAGGGAACAAUCGACAGACCAUGUUAUCCCCGACCAACACUGUCACUGGUUUUCCUGGCCUGUUUCCACAAUUCCCAAGAAUCCAAUAAUGAUCAUCCCCAGAGCCGCAUUGGUAAUCUGGUGUACACUGACACUACGCAGAAGUACUGGACCAGGCCUCCAUAGUUCGCCCACACACACCCAAUGACAUCCGCCGAAUCUCCAUCUUCGUCCUCUCGGCUUCCUUCUCGUCUCUGAAGUCUCUUCUCUCUGCCUGACACCAGAAAAGAUGGGGAACGGGCCGAUUCCUUCAACCUGGAGACCCCGGGCCCCGGACGGCAACACCUCGGUGGCAUACGGUGGCACCGCCGUCCAUCCCAAGUCAUCGGGCACGCUCUCUGCAGUCUUUGGAGUGUGGUCUCUCUCGCACAUUGACUGACUCCAAGGCCUCGGUCCUCUCUUGACGUCACGCCCCUAGCCCACUGAGACUGGACGCCCCCAACUCUGCCCACCCAUUCAGCAGCAUAAGCGUACUGCGCUUGCGAGCGGCUCUCAAUCCUCGUCUCGUCUGUCGAUCGACGAAACAUUCAUAUAAUGCUGCCCGCCAUGUCCUCCUCACACACACCUCUUUCUGUCUCGGACGAACACCAUCAUUGGCACAUCUCUCCAUCAACUUCACCAAACAUCACUACCAACAACAAUACACAAAUCGUCGCCCAACAUGGGGUUCUCGACGAUUGAGUUCGACAAAUACAAUCCUGCCUCUGAGAAGGCAAGCGAUGCCCGUCAGGACCUCGCCCACCUCGACUACUCCCCGCUGAAGCGCAUCUCGGGGCGGUCAUGGGCCAUGGGUAUCCUCAUCUCCAUGGGUGGCAUGGUCUUCGGCUAUGACACGGGUCAGAUCUCCGGAUUUCUGGAGAUGCCCGACUUCCUCGACCGCUUCGGCGAGCACAAGGCCGACGGCUCCAUUAAGUUCAGCAACGUCCGCUCCGGUCUGAUCGUCGGUCUCCUCUCCAUCGGCACCCUGAUCGGUGCCUUAUGCGCUGCCCCCAUCGCCGACAAGUUUGGUCGCCGGUACUCCAUCUCCUUCUGGUGCCUCAUCACUUCCAUCGGUUUCGUCAUCCAAAUUGCCGCUGAAAGAGCAUGGGAGCAAAUCAUGGUUGGCCGCUUGGUCGCUGGUUUCGGUGUCGGUGCUCUCAGUCUCAUUGUUCCCAUGUUCCAGGCCGAGACCGCGCCGCCAUGGAUUCGCGGUGCCCUCGUUUGCGCCUACCAGCUUUUCAUCACCCUCGGCAUUUUCCUCGCCGCAUGCUUCAACUACGGAACUGUCACGCAUCUCGAAACUAGUUCAGGCUCCUGGCGCAUUGUCAUUGGUCUUGGUUGGCUCUGGACCAUCAUCCUCGGCGUUGGCAUUCUUGCCUUCCCCGAAACUCCCCGUUAUGACUACCGCAUGGGCAACAUUGAGCGUGCCAAGAACACCCUUUGCCGAGUUUACGGCGCUCCAGAGAACCACUACAGCAUCCACAUCCAACUCGAGGAGAUUGAGAGCAAGCUUCGAGCCGAAUCGCAGAUCAAGGGCAAUGCUGUCCAGGAGUUCUCUGGCAUGUUCAAAGCUCCAAAGAUGGCUCAGCGUAUUGCCUUGGGUUGUGGACUGCAAAUGCUCCAGCAACUAACCGGUGCCAAUUACUUCUUUUACUACGGAACCACCAUCUUCUCGUCUGUCAACAUCAACUCGUUCAUCACGCAGAUUAUUCUGAACGCCAUCAACUUUGGAACCACCUUCAUUGGUCUCUACAUUGUUGAACACUACGGUAGACGCAAGUCUCUGAUGGUCGGCUCCGGCUGGAUGUUUAUCUGCUUCUUGAUCUUUGCCUCCGUCGGUCACUUCAGCUUGGAUCGCGAGAACCCUCAAAACACUGUCGGCCCCGGCAUCGUGCUCAUCGUUUUCGCUUCCCUCUUCAUUUUGGGCUUUGCUACCACCUGGGGACCUAUGAUCUGGACCAUCCAAGCCGAACUCUUCCCCUCGAGAUACCGCGCCAAGGCCAUGUCGCUCUCCACCGCCAGCAACUGGAUCUGGAACUUCUUCAUCGGCUUCUUCUCUCCCUUCAUCACUGGCGCCAUUGACUUCCGAUAUGGUUACGUCUUUGCCGGAUGCAACCUCGUUGCUGGCUUCGUUGUCUACUUCUUCGUUAUCGAGGGUCAGGGACGCACUUUGGAGGAAAUUGACACCAUGUACUUGGAGGGCGUCAAGCCGUGGAAGAGCACCCAAUGGGUACCUCCCUCUGCUGAGGAGAUGCACCGCAUCCGCCAGAAGGCUGGAACAGACCUUGAUGCCAGCGUCAGCGACGGUGGCGUGCAGAGUGAGAAGGGAGAAGGCCUGCAGCCCAAGAGCGCCGUCGAUGGGACCUCUCACCAGGAGAGAGUCUAAUGCGAGGAGGACUAUGAUUCCCAACCAGGUCGAUCACGAUACGACUAUAACACGGUUGGCGAAGAUGAAGGGCCGGUGGAUCUAAUCUUUACAUCUAAUGAAUUUGCAUGGCACGGCGUUGAGGCAUUGGAAGCGGAGUAUACCGCUCACAUUAUGACGUUUACUGCAAUAUACCAAAAUCAAUUCAAUACAAC